CUCUGCGGCGGCAUACUCGUUUCCCCACGGCGCCCAUCAACAGCCGCAGAGCUACGCUCCCCACGCCUACUCGCAGCCGCAGUCGUAUCAGGCACAGCCGUACCAGGCGCAGUCGUACCAAGCAGCACCGCGAAUUCAGAACCCGUUCCCUACGCCUAGUGCAAAUACAAGUGCAAGUGCAGGUAUAGGGCCGAGUGUGAAUGCGAAUGUGGGCGCGAGCGCGAGCGGUACCGAUUAUGACCCGGACAUGGCUGCCCAGAUUGCGCAAUGGCAAAGCGCCUAUGCGCCUCAGAUCGAUAAGGACGGCAAACCACUCCCGGCGGCAGAGUAUGCAAAGGCUGAAGGCAUAGAUGCGGCCGCACAGCAGCCGGAUAAGUCGAAGACGGUUGUCCGAGAGGGCGGUGGCAAGAAGUGGACGGACGACACACUGCUGGAAUGGGAUCCUUCUCACCUGCGCCUCUUUGUCGGAAACCUGGCGGGAGAAACCACAGAUGAAUCCCUUCUAAAGGCCUUUUCGCGGUGGAAGUCUGUUCAAAAAGCCAGAGUCAUCCGCGACAAGCGAACCACGAAAUCCAAAGGUUACGGCUUCGUCAGCUUCAGCGACGCCGACGAUUUCUUCCAGGCUGCCAAGGAGAUGCACGGCAAAUAUAUCCAGAGUCACCCGGUCGUCGUGAAGAAGGCCAAUACGGAGAUUAAGGCGACCAAUGUCAAGAACAAGGCACACGGAGGCAAGAAGAACUAUCAGAACAACAAAAACAACAGGAACAAUAACAACAACAGCUCCAAUGCCGGGGGCUAUGAGCCGCAACUCGGUCCCAAACCAGGCGCGGGUAUCGCCAAGCCAGGCCAAAAGACCAAAAAUGGUCUGCGUCUCUUGGGUUGAGGUGGAAAGAGUUGAACUUUUAUGUCACAUCAGUCGAUCUGGUUUUCUGGUGAUUAUUCUGCACCUACAUAUUGGCGUUGGAGGCUAUCAGGACAUACCCAGCCAUAGAAAUCAAACAACAAAACAUUUGCUAGAAACCUUUACGUAUAAAUUAAUGCAGCAGUAUAAAGAAAUGAACAAAUGCUCAUACAAGCAUAUUCCUUCUUUUUCUUCAAGAUUUUCAGUCAAAUAUAUUCUUGCUCGCCCAGUCAUACAUCUCUAAAUGUCAUAUGGGUAUACGUUGAUACUCCCUUGAUUCUAGCCGUCUCUCUAUGCUUUCCAUCAUCCAUGCUAAUUUCAAAAUCCCGACUUGGUCGUCUCUCUUUCACACCCCUUCUCUCUAACACACACCCUCUUCCCCCCUUUCUUAUCAGUAUAUAAGAACAUUUGUCAUCUCAAAAAA